CCCGGCUGGGAGAGGGGGUGGGGCCGGGGCACAGCAUGAGCGGUGCGGAGAGGGUCAGUUUGGCCCCGGGGACCUCCCUUCCCUGGGAUAGAAAAAGCGGAAGCGCCCCCGGGGCAGGCUGGGAGAUGUAGUUCCUGACUCUCCCUGGACCGGAAGUGACGCUGGGUGGGCGAGAAGAAACCGAGUUGCAAACGCGCGUUGGCCGCUCCGGCUCUGCCUGGCUCGCGCGGGGCCGUUGGAGCCUCUCCCGGGGCCGGAGAAGGGUGUGUGACUGAGAUCAGGGCUCCUAUCGUACUGAGCGUGGCCCUGUUCUGCCAGGCGCUGCGGAGACCCCAACUGCGAUCUGGGCCUAGUUCUGCCAGGCACUGAAGAGACCCCAGGAUCCGGUGACUUUCGAGGAGGUGGCUGUGUAUUUCACUAGGGAGGAAUGGGCUCUUCUGGACCCUGUUCAGAGAGCCCUCUACAGGGAAGUCAUGCAGGAGAACUAUGAGACGGUGACCUCGCUGGUAGGGUUUCCAGUUUCCAAACCUGAUAUGAUCUCCCAGGUGGAACGAGGGGAAGAGCCGUGGGUCCCAGACCUCCAGGGCUCUGAGAAAGAAGUGCUUCCAAGAGCUGCUUGCACAGGUAGUGACCUGUGUCUGGAUUCUCUCUGUCUCCCAUCAGGUGAUGGGAUGGUGAGUGAGAAUGAGGAGGAGAAACCCCAUCAGGAAGAUGCUGAGCGAAGAGAAGCACAUGGAAUGUUAUCAGGAAGAUCCAAAGAGAAUGUUUCCAGGAGUUGUGCACUCCCAGAAAAAACAGAAGCCUGUGAGACUCAGGGGAGGCCAGAGGGAAACUUGAGUAGCCUCUCAGACCUUAUAACAAGUGGCAGAAUCAACUUGGAAGAGACACGCUACAGGUGCCAUGAGUGUGGGAAAAGCUUCAAUUGGAGCUCUACCCUUGUCAGACAUCACAGAAUCCACACAGGAGAGACGCCUUAUAUGUGCACUGAGUGUGGGAAAAGCUUCAGUCAGUGCUCACACCUUAUCCGACAUCAGAGAAUCCACACGGGAGAGACACCGUACACGUGCUCUGAGUGUGGGAAAAGCUUCAGUCAGAGCUCAGACCUUAUCACGCAUCAGAGAAUACACACGGGAGAGAAGCCUUACACAUGUGCUGAGUGUGGAAAAAACUUUAGUUGGCGCUCAGACCUUAUCAAACAUCAGAGAAUCCACACGGGAGAGAAGCCCUACACAUGCUCAGAGUGCGAGAAAAGCUUCAGUCGGAGCUCACAUCUUAUCACACAUCAGAGAAUCCACACAGGAGAGAAGCCCUACACAUGUGCUGAGUGUGGAAAAAACUUUAGUUGGCGCUCAGACCUUAUCACACAUCAGAGAAUCCACACGGGAGAGACGCCCUACACAUGCUCAGAGUGCAGGAAAAGCUUCAGUCGGAGCUCACAUCUUAUCACACAUCAGAGAAUCCACACAGGAGAGACGCCCUACACAUGCUCAGAGUGUGGAAAAAACUUUAGUUGGCGCUCAGCCCUUAUCACACAUCAGAGAAUCCACACAGGAGAGAAGCCCUACUCAUGCUCAGAGUGCGGGAAAAGCUUCAGUCAGAGCUCACUCCUUAUCAGACAUCAGAGAAUCCACACGGGAGAGACGCCCUACACAUGCUCAGAGUGCGGGAAAAGCUUCAGUCAGAGCUCACAUCUUAUCAGACAUCAGAGAAUCCACACAGGAGAGACGCCUUACACGUGCACUGAGUGUGGAAAAAGCUUUAGUCAGCGCUCAGACCUUAUCAAACAUCAGAGAAUCCACACGGGAGAGACGCCCUACACAUGCUCAGAGUGUGGGAAAAGCUUCAGUCGGAGCUCACAUCUUAUCACACAUCAGAGAAUCCACACAAGGGAGAUGCCCUACACAUGCUCUGAGUGCGGGCAAAGCUUCAAUCAGCGCUCAAGGCUCAUUAGACAUCAGAAAAUGCACAGAAGAGAGAAUUGUAAUAAAUCCCUUGCCUAGUGUAGGCAAAAACGAAUUUUUUUUUUAAAAAUCACAUUAGCUAAUUCCCACAUAGUGAUUUUUGCAUCGUCUUCACCGUGGUGUCCCAGCUCCACCAGAUAAGAUGCCGCCUUCUGCCUUUUGCAGCUCAGCCUUCUUUGGGAACCAGAACUGGGGAAAGAGAACACUGGAGUGAGUGGAAUUACAGCAGGAAAGGAUAAGUCUCAUGAUUCGUCACUAACCAAAGGCUUUGUAAACAGAGCGAUAAUGUUACUGAAUGGUCUGGCUAACCCUGCAGUUAGAAACAAUCAGCUCUAUGGGUGGUAAAUUGACAGGCUUUGCUGCUGAUCAUGAAAUAGCAGCUGUUGAAAGGUAAUAUGCUUCUAUUUCAAUGCCUCUGGAAGUACAGAAAACAAUGAUCUGUGUUAAAGGCAAGUUGCCAUUUCUCAGUGCCACAAUUUCUAUUGUGUGUGUACAGGAAGGUUUGAAUGUGUAGCAGGUAGUUUGAUAAAGCUUAACUAUUUUAUGUAUGUAACAGACUCCUGGCCACCUCCAGCAGAGGUUUCAGUCACGUACUAUGGCAACUUACUGAAUGUGACGCAAAUUAGUCCAUUCCUCCCCAUAGUCAGUCUCUGAUGGGAAUGUUAGAAUGAGGCAGAGAACUGGGAAAGUAUCGCAAUAGGAAUACAUUAAAAAGUGGGAUUAAUCAGAGCUGGGAUGCAGACGGAGCCUGUUCUACAGCUGGUGAAGUGAUAGGGACACACUCCCACUAGUGCAGGCUCUGAAAUAAUGGCAGAAGCAGAUCGAAGAGAAUGAGCUCACGUGCGAGCUAUGGGCAGCUGCCCUGUCAGUGCACCACUCACCUGGCAGGUGUUACACAAAACGCAGCACUUCCCCUCUGGAAGAGAAACACCUCUCCCCGCUGCCACCACUUCAUUAUACUGUCCAUGAGGCUGUUUGUCCUGCAGGAGUUUGAUCUCUUUGAGUGGUCCAUGGUGAAUCAUAAAAGAGCAGGAGUCAUCCCAAUGGAAAUCUCUUCACUUCUUUCUUAGUGUUACCUUCUUAGCCCUGGCUUUGGAGAUGACAUUAGCCUUAUCCUGUCUUGAUUUUAGGUAGGAUUUUGAUCACCUUCUGGGGCUUGGCAGCUUACAACUUUUGAGGGCUUUUCUCUGCCUUUUUGGUCCCUGCUGCAGUCAGUACAUACUAGACAUGGGCAUGGUGACUUUCCUGAGGAUCUUGACAGCUUUAUCCAGCUUCUUGGGGGCUAUUUUCCUGCUCACAGCCACUGUCAUCUUCUCAUGCCUUGUUCUGGAGGCCCAGCUGCUGGUUGAAUGGGAAGGAGCCAAAGUGCUGGUGACUUUAUCCUGCACCAAGUUGCCUUUGCUCAUCAGACUCCUGAACUCCAACUGGAUGUGGCUCUUGUUCUUCUGCACAGCACAGCCAUGGAGAAGAGGGAUCUGCAAAUGUACAUUCAUAUGAUCCCUUUGUUUAAUGGAUGAAAACAUAAACUCUACACUUAGAGGAUUGGAACUGCUUUCAGCUGAUGGUCAGGUUUGCUAGGUUUUUAUGCAUUUGAACAGUGAAAUGUUGAGUGUUUACAUUCAUUUCAAGCAUCCCUGUAUAGUGGAGCUCCUGAACAUAAUGGAGAAUGGAAAUGAAAAUGUUUUCCCUUUUUUCAAAAAUAAAAAUAAGAAAAUAA